UUUCACUGUGAAACCAUCGAGAAAAGCAAGAUUUCUCGAGAAUGGGAAUCGUGGAAAUGGUCGUUGCAAUGUUAUUUUGAUGCAUAUAGCAUUGUUGAUCAAAAGAUGAAGCGUGCAAAGUUACUCCAUUUGGGUGGAGUGGAACUCCAAAGAAUAUUCCGUAGUCUACCUGACCACGAUAAAACACCCUUGGUGACAUUGCAACCAAAAGUUUACGAUUUGGCUAUCGAGCUUCUUGAUUCAUAUUUUCAAGCGGGUCGGCAAGAUGUGAUCGAAAGACGAAAGCUAAGAAAACUAAAACAGGAACACAAUGAGAAAUUUUCUCAUUUUGUCAUUCGUCUCCGCCAGCAAGUACUGAAUUGCGGCUUCGAAAAAUAUUCGGUUGAGGUAGGAGAAAUUUUGAAAGAAAUUUAUUUGAUUGAUGUUGUAGUGGAAAACUGUCGGUCAGAUGAGCUCCGUAAAGCAAUACUUAAAAAGGAUCAAACGCUCAGAGAAAUAGAAGAAAUUGCUGCAACAAUUGAAAACACUGAUCAACAGUUGAAAGAUUUAAAAGAAAGUGAUUUCUCAAGUAAUACUCAAGUUUAUGGAAUCGGUAGCGCACGCAGAAUUACACAUAAGACUAAGAAAUUUCCCAUAAGUAAUGGAAGAGAUCGAUCACAGCGAUUUGGGAAUACAUUAAAACGGACGCGAGGAUCAUUUGGUCAAAAGAACGAAAAGUUAGCUUGCUACUCGUGCGGUCAAGAAGGGCAUUUUUCUAAAUCACCAGAAUGCCCAGCAAAGGGACGCACGUGUCGGCGGUGUCGCGGUUUGGACCAUUUUGAAGCAAUGUGUAGAAAACGUGAUCAUAAUUCUGUAGCCGGAGAAAAAACAAAAGAACGAAGGGUUUACGAAGUGGAACAUAUACCUGUUAGCAAGAAACUGUGUGAUGAAGAGCAAGAAAGUAACUCGGAAGGUUCAACAAAGGUGUACUACGCUUUCUAUGGUGGCAACGAAAGUAAUAUUUUGGAUUGCACAGUUGGUGGUGUACCAAUGGAAGUGUUGAUUGAUUCGGGCGCCGACGCAAACCUAAUUCGAAUAGAGACGUGGGAAAUGUUGAAGAAUGAGAAGGUUCAGGUCAUGAAGUCGACAAAAGGAUGUUCAAGAGUACUGAAGGGUUAUGGUAGUGACAAACCGCUUUCCGUUGUCGGAACGUUUGAGGCCGAGGUCUCCAUUGGAGGAAAAGUCGUAGUUGCAGAAUUUUUCGUCGUGAGAGAUGGCCAAAAGGAUAUUUUGGGAGACCUGACUGCUAAAACGCUAGGAGUGCUGAAAGUAGGAAUCGACAUCAAUAACGUGGCCACCGAACUCAAACCCUUCAGUAAAAUAAAAGAUACCAAAGCACAAAUCCGAAUUAUCCCAGGUGCGAGGCCGGUUUUCCAACCGUUGCGUAGAAUACCAAUACCUAUGGAAGAAGCUGUGAAUAACAAGUUAGAGCAAUUACUCAAACGGGACAUUAUUGAAGUAAAACAAGGACCAGCAACAUGGGUGUCACCUCUAGUAAUUGUUGGAAAAGCAUCUGGCGAGCCAAGAAUUUGUCUUGAUUUACGACGUGUUAAUGAGGCUGUAGUUCGAGAACAUUUCCCAAUGCCAGUUGUUGACCAGUACUUGGCAAGGCUGGGAAAGGGAAAGAUGUGGAGUAAGCUCGAUAUCAGAGAAGCGUUUCACCAAGUAGAACUAGAAGAAGAUUCGAGAGACAUUACUACGUUCAUAACAAAUCGCGGGUUGUUCAGAUUCAAGAGGCUUCCUUUCGGAUUGGUAACAGCCCCAGAAAUUUUCCAGCGCAUUAUGGAGGAAAUGCUUUCAGGUUGCGAGGGAACUUAUUGGUACCUUGAUGAUGUCAUAAUUGAAGGAGAAACAAAAGAGAUACACGACAGAAACUUGAAUAAGGUAGAUUUAUAUUGAAAAAAAAAGAAGAAAAAAAAAUCAUAAAUACUUACAUUGAAUAAAUAAAAUUAAAAUUAUAUAAUUGAAUUUUAGGUGCUUCAAAGACUCAAAGAAAAAGGUGUAGAAUUAAAUUGGGCUAAAUGUGAGCUUGGGGUUACACGACUAGAGUUUCUAGGGCAUCGCAUAUCUAACGAAGGUAUAAGCCCAUCUGCAUCGAAGGUGAAGGCCGUGCUGUCUUUUCGUUUCCCUUCUUCUGAAUCCGAGGUACGUAGUUUUCUUGGUUUGGCGAAUUAUAUGAACAAGUUCAUACCGGACCUAGCUUCUGUGGCUGAGCCUCUGCGAGAGCUUACAAAAAAGGGUGUUAAGUUCGAAUGGAACAGCAAGCAUAACGAAGCAUUUGAAAUAAUCAAGAACAAACUAGCAUCCACAGCUAAGCUUGGAUUUUUCUCUGUGAAUGACAAAACAAUCGUAAUGGCUGAUGCCAGUCCAACUGGACUUGGAGCAGUGUUACUUCAAGAAAACACGGAAGGAGUAUCACGUGUAAUAUGCUUUGCCUCAAAAUCUCUGACCGAAACUGAACGACGGUACUGCCAAACAGAAAGAGAGGCAUUGGCAUUAGUCUGGAGUGUCGAGCGAUUCAGUAUGUAUUUAUAUGGCAGGCAUUUCAACUUAAUAACGGAUUGUAAAGCUCUACAAUAUUUAUUUACUCCACGAUCAAGACCAUGCGCUCGAAUUGAGCGAUGGGUAUUACGUUUACAAUCUUUCGACUAUCAAGUAAUACAUAUUCCAGGACCUCAAAACAUUGCAGAUUGCCUUUCCCGUCUAUCAACUGUACCAUCAUAUGCCUUUGAUCCUGCGGAGGAGUUAAUAAUUAGAGA